UAAAAUCAUCUGAGCCGUCCACGUGGAUGGAGACUGUUGAGAAUCGUACACGUAUGAGGGAAGAAGUAGGGCCCAGAAAGAAGAAGUGGGGUACUUGGGAGGAAUUAAUCCUAGGUGGCGCUAUUCUCCGGCAUGGGAUACAAGACUGGAACGUCGUCGCUUUGGAGCUUCGUUCUCGUAACAUUUACUUCACCCCUCAGGCCUGCAAAGCCAAGUAUGAGGAUUUACAAAAGCGUUACGCUGGCUGCAAUGCUUGGUUUGAAGAGCUAAGAAAGAGACGAGUUGAAGAACUGAAGCGAGAAUUGGAGAAAUCGGAAAGCUCAAUUGGGUCUCUCGUCACAAAGAUUGAAAGCCUGAAGGCUGAGAAAGAACGGUCUUCUCAGAUUAAUUAUGGGUCCGGUACUUACACUGAAUCACUCGCUGCUCAUGUGAAGUCAGAACGCAUGGAAUCUAUUGGCAAAGAUGGCAUAUGCGCUGGCAACUUCAUGCUAGACAGUACUAGGACCAACUUUUCGCCUGAGUUUGAGAGUCCUGCAGUAGCUUCGGCUAAUGAGAUAGACUCAAAACUAGAAUACUCGGAGUCUUGUGAGGCGGCUGAAGUUCCAAAUAUAAGCAAUCAAGCAGAGACUACCAAUGGAAAUGGAAGAAGGGCUUUGAGGAAGAGAAAAAGGAAAGACGUUGCUUUGGAUGUCAAAAGGAGUAUUGGGGAGAGCGACAAUGUGUGCUCAAUCAGUGGCAUCUCCCUUUCCCACGGUAAGGAAACAUCAACCAGUUGCGACCAAAGUAUUAAGCCUACUGCCACAGAGGAUAAUAAAGAAGGAUUAUCUAGGUUGAUGAAUGACGAUUUGAUGGCAAUUUUCAAUUCCAUUAUACAGAAUGAAGCGGCUAUGGUCUUUAGGCAUCGUUGCGAUAGUCAGAAGAGAGCUAAAUAUAAGGAAAUGAUCAAGCAGCAUAUGGAUAUUGAAACAGUAAGAUCAAGAUUAGUCAGCUGUUCCAUCAAAUCACCAGGUGAACUCUUUAGAGAUUUACUUUUGCUAGCAACCAACGCCAUUGUAUUUUACUCGAAGAGGACGAGAGAACACAAGUCAGCUGUGGCUCUCAGAGACAUUGUCACUAAAGUAUAUCAUGACCAUUAUAAAAGCUCUUACCACACAACUACUUCUCUGCUCACAUUCUCAACAACAGGUAAUCUGCCCGUGAAGCCAAGAAGUGCUCGCCCUCGCCCCUCCAAAUCUAAACUUCAAUCCAAUUCUUGAAACAAUGUAAAUAGCAUUGCAGGAAUCAUUGGAUGAGAUGAUCAUAAACCAAGUGAUGCUGAUUCCGAGGUUCGAUUGCAGUCAUUGUUAGCUGCUAAGAAAGGGUACAAGGGACAUAUACACGACCUAAAACUCC